AUGGAAAAUUUACCACAAUUCGACAUAGAAAUGCUCCAGAAAAGUGCUCCCUAUAGUGCUCAAUUUGUUCAACCAUUCACCAGACAUAUUCCACCGCAUUUUAUUCCACAACAGCCGUCUAUGUUUGUUCCUCGUGGCUCAACUAUUCCACCAAGAUACCUUCCUCCGUAUCAGCCUUCUUCAUCCCGGAGAGGCAAUUUCAAUCACUACAAUCAACCUGCGAGGGAGAUUUGGUGUGAACUCUGUGACUGGAGCUUCUACAGUGUGGCUAAGUUGGAACAGCACAAGACAGAACACAGAAAAUGUGAAAUUGAUGGAUGCAGCUUCGAAGGGCAUCAGCGAAUUGUUGAAAAACACAUUGAGAUGCAGCACAAAAGUGGACUGUACAAUAAAUUGAGGAAUUUAGAGUCUGCUGAGGAUAUUGCAAAGUGGAGAGAGGAACGACGGAAGAACUAUCCUUCAGCUAAAAAUGUGGAAUUGAGGAGAAAGGCUCAAGAGGAACGAGUUCAAAGGGGAGAAAGAAUCCCAAAGGAUAAGUCAAGAUUUGGCCAGCAGAGAUUCAAUAAACAGCACAAAGGGCAGAAGAAUUUUAAUAAAAAGAAGAGGGCCUACAAUGAGAAACGUUUAAAUAAGGAAAGAACUUCGGAUCCGGAAACGAUUGAGCAAGAUUCCAAUCAGGGAAUUUUCAUGUUCAAAGGAACAUCUGAAAUGGAGGAAUUUGAAGAGGCGAAGGACAACCCUUUGGCCAAAUUGCUUGGCAUGUACGGAACUGAUUCUGAGAGCGAGGAAGAAGAUGAAAGCGACAAAGAUGUUGUCAAAAAUCUCAACAGUCAAUUCAUUGAGCCAGUAGAUACUGAAAAGGAUCAAAGAGCAGAAAGUCCAAAGUCCGAAGACAAAGUCCAAGAUCCUCCGGAAAUGCAGAAGGAAAUAUCAGAAAAUACCAAUAAGAAAUCCAUCAAAAGGAAAGCUCCAAAGGACAAUGCAGAGCAACAAAAAAGGCCAACAAAAAUCUACGAGGGAUUGAAUUACAGUUUUCUACGCCGGAAGCAACCCCCAACGAUGCUGUCCAGGCUCCUUGAAAAGGAAAUCCGGCAUGAAAGAAAUGUUCUCUUGCAAUGCGUCCGAUUUGUCGUUGAAAACAAUUUCCUGGAUACAGAAAAGUAACUUUAAUUGCCAAAUAAAUAUUCUUACAAAA